AUGAGUGAUUUUACAUCUUUAAUUACUUCAGUAGCUAAAUUAUUAAGUGAUCCAUCUCCUGAUGUUGUUAAAUACGCCUCAGAAGCAAUUAUUGAAAUGGGAAAACCAGCUGCAACUAAAGUUUCUCGAAUUUUAAUUAAUACUUUAAAUUCAUUUUCUUCAUCACAGCCAGUAAAUCGUAUAGAGAUACUUAAGGCAAUUCGUGAAAUUACAAAAUUCAGUCCAGAACCAGAGCUUAUUCGUACAGUUUGCCCAACAAUUAUCACAUUAUUAACUUCAGUACCACAAAUCGAAGGAGAAGUCUCAGAAAUUUGCCAAGAAAUACUUUGCAACUUCUCUGAUAGAUCUAUUAAUGGUGUUAUCGCUGAGUUUCACGACAUUAACGUUACUUUGCCACUUACUGAGUUCUUUAUAAAGCGUGCGCGCAAUGGCGAAUUAACAUUUUUCAUGAACAAUAACGUUCCUACUAAUUUAUUUAUUCAAUACCUCCAGAAAUCAACAAAAGUUACGGAAGAACCAACAAGAAUUGCAAUUUGCAAUCUUUUAAUCCAAAUUGCUGCAAACUUAUCAUCAACAAUUCAACUUUCGACCGGUUGCGGCCUUUCUGUCUACGUUGCUGAUAUUCUUGAACAAAUGUCAGCUCUUUGGUACAAAUCAUCAGGCGUUGAACUACAAAAACAAAUACUCUCUACAAUUGGCAAUGUUUCUAUCAUUGCUGGUGAGGCAGAAAUCAAGAAGAGAGCAGAUAAAUUAAUUUUCAUGUUUUACGAUGCCGCCUCUCAAAAGAACCUCAAACAAUUUGCUCCAGGUAGUAUUUGUCCUUUCAUGACAACAUUAGAAAAAGCAAAAGAGCUUCCUGCAGUUCAAACACAAAAUUUGGCCAAAGCUUUGAUUGAAUACAUUCUAAAUGAAUACGCGAACAUGCAAACAGAUGGAUUAAUUAUGAAGUCACUUAACGAAGCUGUUGGAGCUCUUUCUACAAUUCAAAUUUUAUAUCCUGCUUUUCCAUUAGAAACAACAAUUUCUAAGCUUCCAAAUAUCGCUGCAUUCUUCAUUCUUAACUAUUUCUGUUCCAGCCUUGCAACAACUGUUUACGCAACAAAACUUAUUGAAGCAAUUGCAAAUGUGAAGUUUGCUUCACUCAAAUCCGACCAAAAAGAGAUGUAUUGCAACUGCUUCUCAACAUUAAUUAGGAAAUGUACAACAAAACACCCUAAAAUCAAUGAAAUUUUUAAGAAUGUGAUCACAUUUAUUUCUACUGAUCAACAGAACUCAAGAGGAACCAUCUUAUCCCUCAUUGCAUCAGCCAGACAAUCCGAAUCAUCCUACGAUAUCCUCUAUCCUGUGAUUUUCGAGUACAUAAACAAUCCAGUAUAUUUCUUUGCAUCGCCAACACUUAUUGAGAUCGCCUCUCUCCAUAUUUCGAAGAUAACAAACCACGAGGAAUCACUAGAUACCAUAAGAUUGAAGCCAAUCCAACUUGUUGCAUUAUUAAUGAGUUUUUACUACUCUGAAGUGCUUUCUUUCGAGACCAAACAACAUAUUUCCCAAUUGGUAUUGAGUCUCUCUGGCUGCACAGCUGUUGAUGGCCAAGAUUUAACGACAACUUUGUUAAAUCAGAACAACACACAGGAUUAUCACUUCGACAUACAGUCAUUCGCUCAGAAAUAUUUCGACGGAUACAUCCAAUACGGCGGCGAAAAGCCAAUUCUUCCUGCAAACAUCAGAUCUGCUUUAAGAGGCGGUUUUGCCAUUUUCUGCGGCCAUUUAAUGGAAUCAGAAUACUGCAGAACCAAAGCUGACCAGAUUUUGUCCCAGAUUAUGUCGAAAUUUGACAGAAAUGACCUUAUUGAAGUGUCAUGCAUCGCAAAGUUCAUUGGUCUCAGCUCAAUAUACCUUCCAGACUUCGCAAUGAAGUUCACAAAGACACAAUCCGAUACUUUGGUCGCAAAUAUCGAGAACAAAUACAAAUUCUGGGUCAAGAAGAACGAAACAGGACUUCCAAUGUCAGGUGUUGUCCUUUGUGUAUCAGAAUUACUCGAAAACUCUCCACAAUCCCUUAAUUUGGACAACAUCUCAUUUACAUCCGAGAACAAGUUCGUUUCCAACGAACAUCUCCCGAAGUAUUCGAAGCUCAGGUUCUGGUCAUCCGCUCUUAUGAGGGUUAAGAACUAUAACAACGUUAAAAUCGACAAUAAGAAAUUUGCCAACAACGUUUUAGGAUCAUUGAAGGACUUGGACGUCUCAAACGCUGUUGCAUCAGUUGCUGGUAUCGCUGCUGCAUACUGCAUCGACGAGAAACUCAUUGGAGAUUUCAAUAUAAUAAAUGAAAUCUUUUCUCAAGUCAAAAGUAACUGGAAUCCAUACGACGUUGCCACAGUUAUUCUCAAGACAGCAGAUAUAGCAGCAUCCGCCGCCAAACGCUCUAAGAACGGUACCCAAAUCGUUCAAAAAUACCAAGAUAUCAUUCAAAAGUAUGUUUUCAGCGAACAACAGAAUUCCGCUUUGAAAGCAAUGUCCAAAAUCACCGACAACCUCCAGGAAAUCGACGAAAAGUACCUGACAAAACUUGCCGCUUUCUACGGUGUCGUUUACUUGACAACAAUAAAUGAUAUCGCAAAAACGGUUUGUCAGAAAUUACUUAACAAACUUAGCGGUUUUGCCGAUAAAGAAUUGAAUGCAGAGACGAUAGCCAACGGUUUGAUGAAAGAAGACAUUGGAAGUGUCUUUGAAGCAUUAGGUCUUUUCAGUUCUGGUACUCCAUUCCAGUAUCAAACAUCUGCAUGUGAUGUUUUGAAGAUGCUUUCGAAGAACGAAACAAUAUUGAACAAUAUUGAGACAUCCGUGCAUUAUUUCACUGUUUGUUUCUCAAGUGGAAUGGAUGUUAAGGAUGCCUUUGUUUCUCUCAUUGAGAAAGACCCGAGAACAACAUUGGAUACAGCUUUAUCUGUUAAUUACACGAGAAGAUUGUCCAAUUUGUUCUCGAGUUUCAUUUCGAAGAGAGAACUCAGUCAGACAGUGAUACAAGUCCUUACAAAUGGAAUGUUGGAAGGAGAGAACAAAGGAGAAGUAUCAUUCAGAAUCCUUCAUGAUACAGCUGAAGGCGGAGACUUGAGAUUCGAAGGCGAAAGAGAAAAAGGAAUUUUCGGAACAGUUGUCAUGAAAAACAAAUUGAUUUCCACAGAAAAAAUCAAUGAAAUGGCCAGAAAAAUCAUUGUUACAGAAGUUUCUCCAAACGGAGAUACAGAUUACGAUGUAUUCGUUGCGAUGUGCGAAAAGAACAGAGUUGAUAAGAAUGUUUUGUUAGAUUUGGCAACACAAGACAGAACAUACGACAAAGAAUACACUUUAACAAGUGUUUCUUGCUUAUCUGCUUUGUUACAAUACGAACAAACAGCAAAGAAGGCAAUUGAUGGUCUCAAGAAGAUCAUUGAACAAGAAAACAAAGACACAAUACAACAAGGAAUUGAUGCUUUGAUUAAUUUAAGCAAAGCACCAUCAAGUGUCAGAAACGAAGAAUUCGAAAGAGUUGUUGAAAUCGCUUUGAAUGCUAAAGAUUCAGCUGAUGUCAGUUCAUUGUUAUUGACAUGUUCAGAGACAAUUAACGAGUCACAGUUGAAGAAUGUCGGAGUAAACAUCCUCAAGUACGUAAGAGAAAUGUUGUGUCUCCAUUCUUCAAUGCUGACACCUCUUAGAAUCAUUUCUGCUUUAUCAACAACAAACGCUUUGAUGUGCGAACAACAGGCGCUUGACUGCCUUUCUGCGAUUUAUCCUUUGUGUUUGGUUCAUAUCUACACAACUGAUAAAGAAACAGCUGUUCGCUCUGCAUCACAGAUCGCAAGGAAACUCGCUUAUCCCGAACCAUCUGUUUCUUCAUUGAGCAUGACAGAGUUUGCUGAUAAAAACGCAAGCGCUUCUAUCAAUGAUUCAAAGAACCCGGCUGAUGCUGCAAAGUCAUUGAUUGUCGCUUGUCACUCUCCUGAUGCAACUGUGAAAUCAGUCGCUUUGUACUUCGCAGCUGCAGCAAACGUCAGCGGAAUUCAGGAAGUUGUCAACGAGUUGUCAAAUGAUCCUUCACCUGAGGUCCGCGUUUCAGCACUUAAGGCAAUCGUAUGCCUCGAAUCAAAGUAA